AUGCCGUUCGAUCACCCGCCAGCGCCGCCCUUCUACGCCAUCGGCAUCACACUAAAACUCAUCAUCCGUCUCAACAUCACAUCUCUCAAAGCCUACGACGUGCUCUUGUUGAUAUCUGUAGCUCUGCUAUUUGUACAGACAUCAUUCGUCAUCACGGCCUGUAAUCACGGACUUGGACGUCACCAGAACGUUCUUCAACCUAACGAGCUCAAAGCAUUUUAUAAGCUAUUCUACGCAUCAUCCAUCUUCGCAGCUGCUACAGCAGCGACAACAGAACUGUCGCUGUGUCUGCUCAUUCAGUCAAUCAAUAAACACGGCAAAUUCAACAUUACCAAUCACCUACUUUUCGGUGUAGUCAUUGCCUGGAUGGUGUCUGGCAUUACAGCCGAAGCUCUUCAGUGCUCACUUCCGAGACCAUGGCUUGCCAUCAGCCUGGAAAACUGUCCUAGGCGAGAGGUUGUCUACCUCUACAACGGCAUAAUGGACAUAUUCACCGACGUCAUACUCUGCUUCCUUCCAGUCGCAAUGAUGAGGAAGGUCCAGACCACAGUGAAGAGAAAGCUGUUGGUCAUCGCUUUGUUUGGGACUCGGAUCAUUGUUCCUAUUCUAUCAAUCCCUGGACUCAUCAGCACGCACAAUAUCGUCACCGACUACACUGACAGCACUUGGCACGCUGUACCGCGCGUCAUCUGGCUGCAGUACACACUGGGCCUUUCUGUGAUGACAGCCUGCAUCCCGAGCCUGAAAGGAGUCAUCGACAGUCUCAUGGGCUCGACGUCUGUGGCCACAAUUCAGGCACCCUACCAGCUGACCUCGUCAGGCGGGGAUGAGAGCGGCAGGCUCCACGCCACAGCGAUCGUCGCAGGAACCAACUCGCGAUAUGGAUCACAUCUGACGAGUGGAGCUGCGAACUCGAGAGCUACACGAAGCAAAUCCUUACGCCCAUCCGAUUAA